UUUUCUGUUGCGGCCCUCCCUGUCAAUCCGACUCGAUCAUCAGCCCACCUCUGUACUCGGUUCGAACCCGUCCCGCCCGACUCUCUUCCAACUCGAGGCGUUAGGUUGGCACUCACCUAACGACCUCCCCCACACCACCACAACGGCGACCCCACGGGCUAGGGACGAUCCAAGGGCAUUAACCAUGGACGCCCUCAAGAACAUCAUCGCCAACGUGCCCGAUUGGCUCAAGCGACUCGACGACCUCGGUACUCAGAUUGACCAGCGGCAAGCCGAGCUCGCGGCCUUGGGUGUCAGUUCGACCAAGUCUAUCAAGAACCGUGGAUCCACCGAGUCCUUGAAGCUCAAGGACGUGGCGGAUGCGGAUGUUUCUCGUGACGCCGAUCAAGUCGGCGAUGUGAGGGAAACGACGCCACCACGAGAGGACAAGCAGGACGCAGCACAACCGCCGAGCCCAAACGGCAGCAACACCCCGUCGGCCAUCCAGCGACAGACGCAGCAGGCCGUAGCCGUCGCCCAGGCUCGGGCCAGAGCCCAGGUCAAAAAGCGACAUCGUACCGACUCGAUCAUUUCUGCCGAUAAUGCUCCAGCAAAAUACCGAACCCGCACCAUGAUUAUCGUCUACUACGACAGCUACGUGCAAAGCUUCUUCGAGGAGCUGGUCAAAUUUGUGUCCGCCAGCCGUAACCUCAUGCGAAAAGCCAAAAUGGCAGCCAAGGUGGCUCAGAUCCGACGGCUCGCCGAGCUCCAGUCACCCGAAGAUGAGGAUGACGGCACGGGUGAACUCAAGCCAGGGUCCGCAGCCGAUGGCGAAAACAACGAUCCUCUGCCCUCACUCAGGUAUAUGAGCACACGACGAAUGGGCGGUGGACCUCGCCUUCCUGGUUCUUCACCAUAUUCUCGGAACUCCCCCGCUGGUCUCCUCGGAGAGCAAGAGAAGGACGCAUACGACGACUUGGAUAAGGGUCUAGAAUUCGUCCAGUCCAUGUGUGAGCACGCUGCUCACCAGUUCCUGCGGGACGGCGACUGCACAGAGGAGAUUGGCAAGAUCAAGAAACGCUUGUCAGAUAGCAAGGACCGAACAACACCCGCCUCAUCGCCCAUGAAGCUCGAGGUUGAUGACAUGUUGGUGGCGGAGAAGCCAGUCCCGGUCGUCGCCGCCAAAGUAGUCUCACCAGAUGUCACGUUGGAAGCUGACAACGGUCCGCUCGAGGCUGACGACGAUGAGGGUGUCGAGGACAUGGAAAUCACCCCACCGAAGCUUCAAUACCGAUCAACGAGGAUGAUGAGGCGGUCGGCUGUUUGA